UAAGGGGCACAGCAGGAACCCAGCAUAGACUUUUUAUCAUUCCAGAAUGUACCAUCUGAUGCGCGUCCCCCUCUCCUCCCCCUGCGCACUGGAGCGGUCGAGCCCACCCUGUCUUAAGCGCGCGCCAUGGUUCAGUCCAGACCAGAACAUCAUGGCGAUAGAUGGUGGAGAGCGGAAUUGUGGAGUACAUGAGCUUAUCUGCAUCAGAAAAGUGUCUCCUGAGGCUUUGGGGUUCCUGUCUGGCAUUGGCGUGUUCAUCUUUCUUGUGAUUGUACUCUUUCUUUACCUCAAUAACAAACUGUCCCUUGAGAGUGCCAACCAACUGCCCAGCCUCGACCAGUACAGGAAGAGCACAGAAGCAGCAGAUAAGAGUUACGUGAAUGCAGACUAUCACUGCUCGUCGUCAGACAGUGAUGAUGAGGUGAUUGGCCAGUACCAGGAGGCCGUGUCUCGAUCACAGGGUCUCCGGGUGGGGUCAGCGGGGACUAACUCACACCACCAGAAGGGCUAUGGCUGGGACACACGUAAAAAAUACUGCCCCCUAGCGGCUGAAUAUGAUGGCUACAGCAGCGAGGCCUCAGCAGAUGACGUAAACUGUAUCCAGCGGAUGAGACGGACUCCGCCAUUGGACGAGCUGCAGCCUCCACCCUAUCAGGAUGAGGAUGGGUCACCACGUAUGUCGUGCACACCCUCUGACCUGGGCGAUGCCAAAUGUGACCUUUCCCAUGGGAGUGAGAGCCCCAGACACAGCUAUGGGAAAUGUCCAAGCGAGGGCAGCGGAGCACAGGAAACAGAGAGUUUCCUUAACAAGGGCUAUGAAGAAGAUGUACCCAGUGACAGCACUGCUGUACUCAGCCCAGAGGAUCUGUCUGCACGUGGAUCAGCGGCUCAGCUUCCUAAAGGUUAUGACCCCGAGCCUCUCGCUCAAUACGGAACUCUCGACGUCGUCUUCGACUAUGACUCGUCUGACCAGCGUCUGUCCGUCACGAUAACAGCACUGACGGACAUUCCUUCUCUCAAACGCACGGGUAACAUCUCCUGGCAGGUGCAUCUAGUGCUGCUGCCCACCAAAAAACAGAGGGCAAAAACCAUCAUCCAGCGUGGACCCUGCCCCGUCUUUACAGAGACAUUUCACUUCAGCCAUAUCGAGUCAGAGAUGAUUGGGAACUAUGCCGUCCGGUUCCGCUUGUACAGCGUCCGCAGGAUGAAGAAGGAGAAGGCUCUCGGAGAGAAGGUGUUCUACCUCACCAAACUCAACCUGCAGGGCAAGAUGUCAGUCCCCAUCAUACUGGACCCCUGCUGCAACAUACCUGGCAGUGACUCUCAGGCAAGCUUAUCAGACGUGUCGUGCAGCGAGACGGCCUCGUCAUUCCCGUCUGCAGGUCAGGGAUCAGCUCCAGAGAUCCUGCUGGGCCUUGUGUACAACGCCACUACAGGACGACUCUCUGUGGAGGUCAUCAAAGGAAGCCACUUUAAAAACCUGGCGGCAAAUAAACCUCCCAACGGUUUGUUCUGUUGUCUAAAGCACUUGAUAGGUGGGCAGGUGUACAUAAUUCGAGACACUUAUGUGAAGCUGACUCUACUGAACUCAAUGGGUCAGGAGAUGUCCAAGUGCAAGACAUCGAUUUGCCGCGGCCAACCCAACCCCACCUAUAAGGAGACCUUUGUGUUCCAAGUAGCUCUGUUCCAGCUCUCUGACGUCACGCUCAUUCUGUCAGUCUACAACAAGCGCAGCAUGAAACGGAAGGAGAUGAUUGGCUGGAUCUCUCUGGGGUUGAACAGCUCCGGGGAGGAGGAGUUAACACACUGGACUCAGAUGAAGGAAUCGAAGGGACAACAGGUGUGUCGAUGGCACAGUCUUUUGGAGUCCUAGAACGUCAAUAAGUGACGGCAACAAUAUGUAAAGGGGUGGGGGGACUGAGAGCAGGUCAGGCCCUCGAACGGCCCCAAACCGACAGAGCUGGCCCCCACUGCAGUGCAUUAUGAGAAACGCGAGUAGUUCUGGGGAUGUAAUCUGCUCUCUUUCCCAAUGCAUUGCAGGAAAUGGGUUAGAGAAAAUGAUGAAAACAGGGUUAGAUAUGCCACACCGUUAAUGGAGGAAACACUAAUGAGAGUUUUGUUUAUUUAGAUAUUUAUUUGUAUAUUUUUUGACUUGACUUGAUGUUUCUAUUUUUGUUCUGCUUGAGAUGGUUGUUUCUAAUGGGGUUAUUGGCACAGUAAGAGAGAAAGAACAAACGAAUAUAUGUGUGAGUGUGAGAUCCAGGCAUGAAGGAUCUGCAAAGACGAGGCGAGUUAAAAUGUCUUCGCUCAGACAAUAACUGGCGUUCUGAGAUUACAUUGCUUUGACCUUAAAGCAGGGGUAAAAUUACUGUCUGGUUGACUAUAUGCCAUUCUGAGGCAUUUUAAUGGAUACUCUGACAGAUGUGCAGUAUCUGUAUGAAUGGCUUGCUUUCCUCGACAUGUGAUCAGAUUGUCUAGAUCUCAUUCUAAUACAUGAUGUAGUUCAUUCUACUUUGAAAUCUACCAUCAGAGUGCCAAUCCAGACUUCACUGCACACAGCCUGAGCCUGUCAUUCAGCGUUAAAUGUCAGCUAUUUUAUUCCACUCAUUUUAAAUAUAAUACCUAGCAAUCAGAAACACACCACAAAACGAAUAGAUAAUAGAAAAAUAUUCUUUUUAUUCUCAAUAUGACAUUAAGAGCCAAUAAGUAAGUAUAGAGCUUUUCAUGUAUUAACUAUACAUUUCUAGAAACAACUUAUAAUAUUAAUUUAAUGUAAUAUAAUACAUCUUUAAUAUAAUAAUACACUAUUAAUAAAAAUAUGAAAUAUGUAAAAUAAAAUAUAAAUUAAAUUAUUUGUUGACUUAUACAGUCAUGAUUUGAAACACAUUAGUUUUAUAUCUAUUUAUUUUAUAUACAUGAAUAUCUUGUAAAAUAAAAGCAUUUAUUAAUUAAUUUAUUUCAUUUUACCAGUAAAUAGGUAAGCUAAGUGAACAGCUUUCUAUUUUAAUUAUAUGUGACCUUGGACCACAAAACCAGUCAUAAGGGUCAAUUUUUUAAAAUUGAGAUUUAUACAUCAUCUAAAAGCCGAACAAAUAAGCUUUCAUAUUUGGCCGAGAUACACUAUUUGAUAAUCUGGAAUCUGAGGGUGCAAAAAAAUCAAAAUAUUGAGAAAAUCGCCUUUAAACUUGUCCUUUAAAGAAGUCCUUAGCAAUGCAUAUCUACUCACAAAAAUACAUUUUUAUAUAUAUUUAUGGUAGGAAAUUUACAAAAUAUCUUCAUGGAACAUGAUCUUUACUUAGAUUUUUGGCAUAAAAGAAAAAUCGAAAAUUUUGACCCAUCUUGGCUAUUGCUACAAAUAUACCCGUGUGACUUAUGGCUGGUUUUGUGGUCCAGGGACACGUAUAUUACAGAAAAGCUUUUCUUACAAUAAAAUAAUAUAAUGUAAAUAAAAAAUUUGUCAUUAUACCAUAUUGACCAUAAUGUUUUCCAUAAAGGCCUGUUCGCACAAAGAACGACAACUAUAAAAAUAACCAUAAUAAUAAACCAAAUCACCCAAAUCCAUGUCCUAGACACACCAAUGCUAAGAGGUUUGACAAAUGGGAUUUAAAAAAAAAAAAAUGAUGAAGAACAGUGAGCAAAUGCAUCAUCAGCUCUUACUUCGACUUUGGAGCCAUGAGACCUUACGAAACCAUUUUUGCGUAGUUGCUAAUAUAUGGUGAAAUGAAGGCAGCAUUACAGUAAUUUAACGCCAUACUUUGAUAACAGACUGUUCCCUUCUAUCUUUUGUAUCGAAUUUGUGUGAUCUUACGGUCCUGAAUGUUAAAGUUUAGUACCUGAGACUCAACACUCAGUACUGCAACACUAGAGAUACAGAAUGCCAGUGUUCUGGCUGAAUGUCCAGUAGAGGACCAGUAAUGAAACUGUGAGGAUGUUUAGAGUACAUGAUGGUGAGGAGGCUUCUCAGCGCUUUUGCUCUGUCUUUACAAGUGUCCUGAUCUCUGUGCGGUCAACCUGUGAAAUCUGUCUUGAACUAGUUUCUUUCCUUUCUUGAGCGAUGGUCAACUCACUCAGUGAUUGUUAUGUACUGUAAACAGCACAUAGAUUUUGCUGAUCUAUUUUUGUAUCUAUAUAUCUGAGAAAAUGGACUCACUUUCUUGGUAAAUGUAUGAAGCUCUGUGAGCAGUAUGGAGUUGUAGACUUUGUUCUACUUUCACAGUUGAUAUUUGGUACUCUUUGGUUAAAAGAACUGUUUUAUUAGUGAAUGUGUCACUCAUUCAAUGUGCCGUUUCAAAAUAUGACAAGAUAAAUGUUAAAAAAAAAAAAAAAAAAAAAAAACACCUCUUCUUGUUACAGUUGCGGGUUGAUAGAAAAAAGUGUGAAAGAAGAGGGUGUAGUUUGUGUGAUGUUACAUACUGUUAUAUGUAUUCUUAGCUCUGUUGAUGUCAGCAUUUCAGGUGAUGUAUGAACCUGUUUACUCCACUCCUUAAAAAACGAGAGAAGAAAAAGGUCAGGUAUGGCAAGUAGCUAAAAUCUUUGAGCUGGUAUGUUUUGUAAGACCUGAAUUAAGCACAUUUUUAGGGCACAUAAUAGAGUCAUGAAACACAUCUUGUGAAAGAGUCAGACUGUGACAGUCCUCAGAGAGCCACAACUGGACAAUAUCUCCCUUACAGACCAUCUCCCACAAAACUCACAGCUGGGCUGAGCUUUCUCUCUCACGCUGGGAGAUGUUCUCAGUUCCUUCUUGGCAAACUGAGUAAAUAGUCCCAAAAUUUUAUUUUACCAUUCUGUCAACUAUUAAGCCUGAGAAAAUGCCACAGCUGUCAAAAUUACGAUGACAUAAUACAGCACAAUGUUGAAAUGUAGGAUGUUAAAUGCAUUAUGACUAGAAAACAGCUGUGUCACAAACUGACAUAAAGAGGCUGUUAUGUCUUACUUGUGACAGUUUUAUGAGUGGCUUGGCUUCCAAUUUAUUUUCCCACUAUAAAUGAGAAUCUGACUGUACCUUUAGUUAAAUAUGAUGGUUAUAUAAUGGCGCUGCCAGCCUGAAGUCCCUCAGGCUCAACCCUCCCAGUAGGUUCGGACCUGUCCAUCCAGGGAUAAAGUUCCCAUACAAAUGAACAAUUUGUUGUCAUUUAUGCACUCUCGUGUUGUUCUAACCUUGUAUUAUUCCAUGAAACACCAAUUGACAUGUUAGGCAGAAUGUUCAAGCUGCAAUUUUCCACACAACAAACAUGAUUUAUACUUCCAAGGUCCUGACUUCUUUGUCAGAAUUUGAUUCUGUGCUAUUUCCAAGUGUUUCCAAGAAAUUAUAUGGUAGUUUGUAUGGAACAGACCAAAAUUUAAGUCAUUGUUCAGUGAUAAUUGUACCUUCUGUCAGAGCUCAUCAUGUGUAGAAGUGCCAUUUAAAAAAAAAAAAAAAAAAAGAAUAAAAGCACAAAUGACAUUUGAGAGUUCUGACGGAAGGGAAGAUUAUCAAUGAAUAUUGUCUUAAAUUAUGAACUGUUCCACACAAAUCUAUCAUACACUACCAUUCAAAGGUUUUGGGUUAUGAUUUUUUUUAUGUUUAUGAAGGAAGUUUCUUAUGCUCACUAAUGCUGAUACAGUAAAACAAUUACAAUUUAUAAGAAUUGUUUUCUAGGUUAAUAUUUUAAAAUGUAAUUUAUUCCUGUGACUGUAAAGCUGAAUUUUAACCAUCGUUACUCCAGUCUUCAGAGUCACAUGAUCCUUCAGAAAUUAUUCUAAAAUAUGCUGAUUUGGUGCAGAAGGAACAAUUAUUAUUAUCAAUAUUGAAAACAGUUGUGCUGCUUAAUAUUUUUGUAUGAACUGUGAUACAUUAUUUCAGGGUUAUUUAAUGAAUAGAAAGUUCAAAUAAAUUGAUACAACAAAACAAAUCUAUUUAAAAUAAAUGCAAUGUAAAAGUAUUUGCUCAGCUUUUGAUCAGUUUAAUGCAUCUUUGCUGAGUAGUAUUAAUUUCUUAAAACAAACAAACAAAAAAUUACAGACACCAAACUUUUACAAUAGUGUAUGUCUUUAAAAGACUUGGAAUAUAGAACAUAUGGCAUUUACUUUUUUUGUAAUGCUUAAAAAAAAUGUUGUUUGUUUCUUUGCCCACGCUUUUAUUGUGUAUAAAAUAUCAUAUUUAACUGAAAAACAAAAAUAAAUAUGGGGUGUGAACAACACAAGACUUAGUAAAUAAUGACAACAUUUUCAUUUUACUAGGAACUAAAACAUUUUAUAAUUCCUGUUCUAGAAUUCUCAAACUACUUUAGCCUGAACAGACACUGGUAUGCAAAGCAAACGCUCUGCUGAUCUGACUGAGGUGUCUUUAAGGACAGUCGUGUCUUUACAGCUUGACAGAUGAAACAGCAUUUUCUCUUAUAAUGUUUAAUGUGUGUGAAUGAGUCCUACCAGUGCCUGAUAAAAGCUCACAGCUGUCACAGCUCCUCUCCCAUAAGGCUUUUCCACAGCUCUGCAGAAGUUUGUAUGUGAGAAGACGACAGACCAGUGAUGGUCAUUUUAGGAACCCAUCUUAUUCUGAACUCAGUGACAGGGGUUCUGUUUGAUUUACAGAACCAAUAAACACCAGCAUAAAAAAUGUUUUAGGAUUUAUUGCACAAGAAGCAUAGCACACUCUCCCUGUGCUCUCUAUGUAUCCCAACAUGAUUCAGGUGUAACAUGCCACUGACACCUUUAACUUUCACAAGGUGUGUUCCAACUAAAACCAGUUUUAAACAUUCUAUACAUGUUCUGAACAUUGUGUAUAUGUUUAUAUUUCCGAUUCUUCUUUUAAUUUUGCUGUUUCACUUUAUUCUCAAAAUGCUUUAAAAGAAUUGCCUAUAUACCCACCGAUUCAGUCGGUGCCUUACUUUUCUCUGGAGAACGUUUUUAUGAUGUUUUUGAAAUGUUGCAGCGUUGCUACAGCGAUGUUUUGUCACCUUGUGUAUUCAUACUUCUGUACCGCUGUAAUUUGAUUUGUAAAUGAAGUCUUACACGAUAACACAUUAAAAAGAUAAAUUUGUAUGUGAAUCUGUUUUGAAAAGAGACACAUCUGCUAAUAGUC